CCGCCGCCGCAACUCGGUAGACCGGUCGGUCCGCGCUCGAAUGCUAAUUCCGCCCGCCAGGCGACGAGCUGUACAACUACCUCCUCAAGCACGGCAAACUCCCCGUCGACAAGGUUCAAAAGAUCUUUGCGCAGCUGGUCGGAGCCGUCUGCUACGUCCACCAGCAAUCCUGCGUCCAUCGGGACCUCAAGCUCGAAAACAUCUUGCUCGACAAGCACGAGAACGUGAAGCUCUGCGAUUUCGGUUUCACGCGCGAAUACGAGGGCAAGGCCAACUAUUUGCAGACCUUCUGCGGGACAAUAUGCUACUCCGCCCCGGAGAUGCUCAAGGGCGAAAAGUACGCCGGCGAAAAGGUUGACGUAUGGAGCCUUGGCGUCAUCCUCUAUGCGCUGCUCUGCGGAGAGCUGCCCUUCGACGACGAUGACGACGGCGUGACGAGGACAAAGAUCCUGACCCAGGAGCCUACCUACCCGGACCACCUACCCCCAGACGCCCUCGAUCUACUGAAGGGGCUCCUCUCAAAGCGCCCUCUGCUUCGGCCUACCCUGCCCGACAUACUAGCCCACCCGUUCCUCGCCGAAUACGCCGCGCAGCAGCAGGAGAUCCUGAGGGUCGAGCGUCCUGAACCCUUCUCGACGCCCCUGGAGAAGGAGACACUGCAUCGGAUGCGAUGCGCCGGCGUGGAUAUCGACUCGGUCAUCGAGAGCGUGCUGGCCCAGAGAUGCGAUGCUCUGGCGGGCUGGUGGACCCUUCUGAUCGAGAAGGAGGAGCGGAAGCAGAGGAGGCGGGAACGGAAACGCAAGGAAAGGGAGGCGGAAAACAGGUCCUCUCGCCGCUUCUCGCAGGCGUCAAGUCGGCUGAAUGCCUUGGCGACCGUGGAGGAAGGGGGGUUUGUGAAGCUGUUGGAUCCUCCGCCGCCCAGGACACGGGGCAGAAGCGAGAGGAGGAGCGGCCACUAUCCCGGCCUGGCAAUCCCGGACAUGCCCGAUUUCUCGGAUCUGUCCAAGGUCGCAAACGGAAAUCUGAGCCCAGAUAGCGAAGUGCCGCCGCCGCCCAUCGACAAGGACUCGAUCCGAUCAGUUAGUUCCUCCAGGAAUCGCAAACCAAUACCCCCGCCCAAGGAGGGCGUCCUACGGAGCGCACGGUCCAGGGGCUCGACGCUUCACCUGGUGACGACGAGCGACGCUUUGGAAGCCAAGGGUGCCUCGCAGGCGGCCGACCCGAAGAAGGUCAAGAAGCGGCCGUCGCACGCUAUCAUUGCCACGUGGAAGAACUGGACCCACUGGCUCUUCGAGAACACGAGGCGGAACAAAGGCUCGAACAAACGCGGAAGCCAGUCGACGCCGAAUCUGCUCCCCAAACCAGCAAGCGGAAAGGACGGCAAGUCCAAGGAAGAUAGCCCACGGCCGCAGACGAGCAAAUAUCCCGCGAGCGGUGCGGCAUCCACCCCCCAGACCGUCAGCCUUCCGAAAGGAGUCGUGGCCAACGGUUUCGCAGCGAGGGGUGCCGCAGCCACAGGGGGGCAUGCUUCUUCUUCUUCGCACGCACCCAUAUCUCCGGGGUUGACCACUCCACCGAUCCCGGGCCCGCGCCUGCACACCUCGGGUUCGUACAAGCGCCACUCCCUGUCCCCCUCGCCGCUCACCCCGCGCUCGGCCAGGCGGCGGUCAUCCGGCCCGAACGGGCUGCGCGGUCGCAAAUCGACCUCCUCCUCCGUCUCGUCCGUCCGCUCGCUGCACCACACCCACCACCACAGCCACAGCAAGGCCAGCUCGACCUCGUCCAACGGCUCCGUCUCCACCUCGGUCUCCAAGACGCCGUUGCAGACCACCCGUAGCCCCCACCACUCGGUCAAGGUCCUCCCCGCGACGCCCACCACCGGCACCUUCGCCGGCUUCCCGAGCAACAUCCGCCUCGUGCGCGACCGCCACGGCCCGCCCCUCCACUUCUUUAACGAAUCCCUGCCCAUCUCCACCGCCGCCGCCGCCGGCCCCUCGUCCGGGACGCCCACCCCGGGGAGUCCCAUCCCUUCCAGCGGCAGCGGCGGCGGCGUGAUGUUUGCCAAGCGCAAGCGGAACCUGUUCAAGGGCCCCAUGCUGACCCUCUCGUCGCAUCACUUCCACCACCACCACAACCACCACCUCAGCGGGCGCGAGAGCGGUGGCGCAAGCGCCGGCCCCGGCGGCGGGUCCGGCUCCGGCUCCGCCUCGGCGAGCCAUUCGCGCAGCGCCAGCGCGAGCGGCCUGGGCAGGCGGAGCGGGGAGAUCACCAUCCAGGAGGAGGACGAGGAUGAGGAGGAGGAGGCGGGCGGGGUGGAUGGCGGGGGUAGUAGUGGUGGUGUUGCUGUUAGGGGCGGCUCUCUGGGUGGGGAGGGCGAGCUGGAUGUGGGAGUUGAAGUCGGGGAGGAUGGGGUCGAGGAGGUGGAUGCGUUCAGCCCGAUUGUCAAGCGCCCCGGGGAGAUCGUGGAGGAGAAGAUUUAUGAGGAGGGCGAGGAGGUCGAGGGCGAGGAGGACGCCGCCGCGCGCCGAGAUUCCCCCCCGAGCGGCGUCCCGGGGCUGCAGCCUGCUGCGGCUCUCCAUCCGUCUACCGGGGCGUGAAGGGAGGUGUGUUGGCUUGUUGGUUUGCUGUCUGACCCUUGCAUAGUUACAGAGCGGGGUUUGAAAAGGGGGUUAAAGCUGAAGCGGCCGGUGGUUGGUUCGGGGUUGUAUGUGUCUUGGUGUACCGAUGAUACGUCAUCUCGGUGUCGUCCUCUUUCUCUCGUUGUUUGCUUUCUUUUCCUUUGUGUUUCAUCUCUUCUUCUACUUUUUUAUUCU